GAUAAAUCUAGAAACCUAGCAACGCUAGUCCCAGGGUGAAAAUAACGACCUAACACUCAAGUUUCAACGUUUUAUAUGCGUUUUGCGGCUUUAACCCUUAAGGUUAUUUACCAAGAAAUACCUGUUAUAUUAUUAUAUUUGUUUUAUAGAAAGGCAGUUUAUCGCAUUUAAAACUAAAAUUAAUCGGAACUAGUAGGAUCAGUGAAGGUCAUCAAUAACAAAUUCAAAUGGCUGAUAAGAGAAAAGCUCUUUUCAUAUGCUUAGGUAAUAUAUGUCGAUCUCCUAUUGCGGAAGCUGUAUUCCUGAAAGCCAUAAAGGAUGCUGGUGUAAACGAUCAAUGGGAAGUGGACAGCGCCGCUAUUGGUGGUUGGCAUGUUGGCAAAAAGCCGGACCAUCGAGCUCUUUCUACAAUGGAAAAACACAAUUUACCAUACGACAACCGGGCCCGUCAAAUAAAAAAGGCCGAUUUCGAGAAUUAUGAUUACAUUUUUGGUAUGGACAAAGAGAACAUGUCGGAUCUGGAGCGCUUAGCACCGAAAGGAUCGAAGGCGAAACAACUAAUGUUGGGAGAUUUUGAUACGGAGACUCCAGGAAAAAUUAUACGUGAUCCAUACUACGAUCAGGGUGCAGAUGGAUUCGAACAAUGUUACGUACAAUGCGUUCGUUGUAUUGCUGGAUUUUUAGGCAAAAUACAAAGUGGCCAGAUUUAAA